AUGUUGCGAAUGUACUCAGUGAUGCAGCUUCAACAAGUUUGGAGCAACAAACCAGAGGCACAAGAAGACGUAUUGCCACCCACCUCUCCAGUAAAUGAUGUACUACCUGCAGUGCAAGAGGAGGCAGCAGAGGAUGAUAACGAUGCUGCUGCUGCCGGAACCACAGAGCCGAGCGAGUCAGCUAUCGGGAAAGAUGAGGACCAAAAGAAGGAUAAUGUGACACAUGAUGGAGAGGAAGCAGCACUUGUCAGUGGGGAUGCCGUUGCUAAGCAACAAGUGGACAACAAUAAUGAAUCGGGCCACAAUCCUAAGCGCGAUAGCAAAAUGUCGGCAGGUUCGUCUUCCAUUACAGACUCGGGCAGUAAGCUGGCAGCACAUGCACUCCCAUCACCUAUCGUGACAAGGACAACUUCUACUGCUACGGGAGAGACAUCUUUGCCAACAACACCCAUUUCACCCAAAACAAGUCGAUCUUCACAAAUCCAAAGCAAGCUUGCUUCUCAACGUCGAAGCUUCUCUCGCAGGCUCAAACGCACGUUUUCAACCUCUUCCUCCAACAAAGGAUAA